GGUCAAACAACUAACACCUCUCCCAACAAAGACAUUCAAUUUCCUGUGGGAGCCAAUGACUCUUGAUCUACAAACUCAGGGAAAGUGCAACGAGAUACGUGUCGACAUGUAAACUGCGUAGCUAACCGGUCCAGCCGCUCCCUUACUGAACAAUCGUAACAGUCCUCAAGCAACGCCAUCGAUAUUCACGCUGUUUUGAUAAUUCUCAUUCCUGGCAUCCUCAGUUGUUCGAUAUGUUUCGUUCGAAGAUGGUCUUCCAUCGUCAUUCGAUGCUGUUGGUGUUCGGACUGACACUUGUUGCAUCUACUGGAGCUAUGAGCCAAACAAUAUCCAACGCAGCCCGAUACGGAUUACAUCCUCAGAAGUACCAAACCCUUACUGAGGAUGGUUACCAAUUGGUUAUGUAUCGCAUGAAACCUAAAACCGCUUCUCGUGGAGCAGUCCUGCUGCAGCACGGUCUUCGCCAAUCAUCUGCCGAUUGGUUGCUGAUAAAUCGGAACCUUCCGCGGCAGCUGUUGGACGCCGGAUUGGAAGUCUGGCUCGGAAACUCCCGGGCAUCGCCCGAAACAGCCAGUAACGAACAUCACUCCAAGAAUUCCGAGCCAUAUUGGAACUUCAGCUUCCACGAAAUCGGGUACUAUGACCUGCCGGCCAUGAUCGACACCGUUUUGAUGAUCAGCGGUCGCAGUCAGCUGCACUUGGUAGGCUAUUCGGAAGGAUCAACUGCUGCGGUGGCCCUACUCUCGGAACGUCCCUCUUACAACAGGAAAAUCGCUUCCUUGAACCUGAUAGCUCCGGCAACGUACAUGAUCAACAGCCAGGUGCGACAGUACGCCCAUUUCCACGACCUGUUUCGUGAGAUCGUUCCCUGGACUCUGCAGGAGAUCGUAACCGGGAGCGAUGAACCGUCGGUCAAUUCGGCGAAACAGUUGGAACAUUUCCAGCAGCUGUUGCUGUCGGAACGUUUCGGGCAGUACGAUUACGGCACUGCCUGGGAUAAUCAGAAGCGGUACGGGAUGGAUAGGCCACCGCCAUAUGCGCUGUGGAAGAUAACGACUCCGGUUACGCUACACUACGGAACGGACGAUGAGAUCGUUCCGCCCGGUGAUGUUUUGAAUUUGGCGCAACAGCUGCACAAGAGUGCCUCGGUGAGGAUCGUCAAACAUGACGGGAUCGAUCAUCGGGGGUUUAUGCGACGGUCGGAUGCUGCCGGCGUGAUGUAUUCCAGGGUGGUGGGUUCGAUUCUGGAGUGGGUGCAUUGAUGCUGACAAAUGUUAGAAAUAUUUGUUAUUGUUAUUUUGCUGUUUUUAAUUAGACUAGUUGUUGCAAAAUGUUUAUAACAAAAUUCUUUUAAUUCUUUAAUUAUACAUAUUUGAGAAAAUAUUGCUUCAAUGUUUAUAUCUAUAAUAAAAAAAAUAGCGCGACGCGUAAUAAGUAAAAAUAGAAACUGAAAUUCGAA